AUGGUAGCUUGGGCAGCUUUAGGCGCAAUGGGAACAAAAGCAUUAGCAUUUGGAGCAAAAGCACUUGGAGCUUAUGACGCAGUAAAUAAAAUGAGUGGAGGAAGGGUUUCGAAGACAUUAGACGCAAAUAAAGGAAAGAUUGGAGGCUGGGUUGCAAAGAAGUUAAGAUUAAAUAAAAUAG